CGCAGAUUCUGGAGGGCGCCCAGGGGGUGGCGGCCGGCAGCGCGGGCUCCCUAGCGCCGCCUCCAGUUCUGCGCGGCAGGGGACUAGUCCAGCCCGCGCGGUUCUGGGCGGAGAGAGUCAGGGGGAGCAGCCCGCGGAGCCGGCGGCUACCUGACAGCUGUGAGCCCAGCGGUGGCGUCAGCAGCUAGGAGGGAAGCGGCGACUCCCGAGGUAGAGAGUGAAGUGACUGGCCCAGGGUCUCAGUUCCAGAAACCUGAAGUCCUCACUUGCAGGGCAGCGCUGCUAGGAGCUCCUGCCGCCUGGCUCAGGACAGCAGCACAGCUGUUGCCACGUGUAGAAACAAAGAACUGGGAGAGACAAAGUCAGAAAGAGACAGAAAGAGACAGAAAGAGAGCCUCCCAGCACAAAGGAAGAAGGUCAGGAAACGGGCUGCUACUGGGGCUGUACUUCCUCCCCGGUCCUGCCCUGACCACAGCUGCCCUUCAGGACACCGGCUCUGAGCCACGGCUGGGCCAUCAGGCUGCUGUCAAGGGUGGGGCUCUGGCGACUUGUGCUGUUCCUCAUGAGUCCAGCCUGGGGCUCCACCUGGCAUCCAGCACGGCCACGUCUCAGGUUCGUGGAGAGCUGUGGGAUAGGCUCGUUGUCCCUCCAGGGUCUGGCUGUCUGAACAGAAAAAGAAAGCUGGCGGGAUUCAAACACGGGUCGCAAACGUGCUCUCCAGACCUGAAGCGUUACCCUUGCUCUGAGGAGCCGGGAUCUGCCAGGGUCUGAAGAGACUUGGAGAAAUUGAUAAACCUGGAUGGCUACCCCUGACCAGAAAGUGGUUUCUAGGCCCCAGAGACCUGCCCAUGGACCGAAGGGGAAUGGGGCCUGCCUGGGCCCCCUGGACAGCCUGGAGUGUAUGGAGACACAGGAGAUGGUGCUGGCAGAGGUAGCCAUGCUGAGGAAGGCACAGGAAUUCUUCCAGACCUGUGAUGCCGAGGGCAAGGGCUUUAUCGCCAGGAGGGAUAUGCAGAGGCUCCAUAAAGAGUUGCCCCUCAGCCUGGAGGACUUGGAGGAUGUGUUUGAUGCCCUGGAUGCUGAUGGCAAUGGCUUUCUGACUCCAGAGGAGUUCACCACUGGGUUUAGUCAUUUCUUCUUCAGCCAGAGCAAGCCAAGUCAGGGAGAUGCAGGUGAACAGGUGGCCCCACUCCAGGAGGAGAAGGUGUAUCAGUCCAGAGCGGAGGAGGAUCUGGGUGACCUGGAUGAAGAUGAGGAAGCCCAGUUCCAGAUGCUGAUGGACAAACUUGGAGCCCAAAAUGUUUUGGAAGAUGAAAGUGACGUCAAGCAACUCUGGCUGCAGCUGAAGAAGGAUGAGCCUCAUUUACUGUCCAACUUCGAGGAUUUCCUGACCAGAAUCUUCUCCCAGCUCCAAGAAGCCCACGAGGAGAAGAACGAACUGGAGUGUGCCCUGAGAAAGAAAAUUGCUGCUUAUGAUGAAGAAAUCCAGCAUCUCUAUGAGGAGAUGGAGCAGCAAAUCAAAAGUGAGAAGGAGCGGUUUCUCUUGAAGGACACAGAGCGCUUUCAGGCCCGCAGUCAGGAGCUGGAGCAGAAGCUGCUGUCUAAGGAGCAGGAGCUGGAGCAGCUCGCCCAGAAGCAGAAGCGGCUGGAGGGCCAGUGCACAGCCCUGCAUAACGACAAGCAUGAAACCAAAGCGGAGAAUACCAAGCUGAAACUCACCAACCAGGAGCUGGCCCGGGAGCUGGAGCGCACCUCCCGGGAGUUGCAGGAUGCCCAGCAGCAGCUGGAAAGCCUCCAGCAAGAGGCCUGCAAACUCCACCAGGAGAAGGAGAUGGAAGUGUACCGCGUGACGGAGAGUCUGCAGAGGGAGAAGUCGGGACUCCUGAAGCAGCUGGAUUUCCUGAGGGAAAGGAACAAGCACCUCCGGGAUGAAAGGGACAUAUGUUUUCAGAAAGAUAAGGCAGCCAAAGCAAACACAGCUGCUGCCAAGGCAAGCUGGAAACAGAGAUCUGGCUCUGUGAUAGGCAAAUAUAUGGAUGGCAGAGGGAUCCUUAGAAGCCAGUCAGAGGAGGAGGAGGACGUGUUUGGCAUGCUGAGGAGGAGAAGCUCCCUGGGCCUGAGUGGGUAUCCCCUUCCAGAAGAGGAGCCAGGAACCAGGGAGCCAGGGGCUGAGGGUCCACGCCCCCGGGCACUCCGCAGAAUCAUCUCCAUUGAAGAAGACCCCCUGCCCCAGCUCCUGGAUGGCAGCUUUGAGCGGCCGCUGAGCAAAUGCCCAGAAGAGGAGGAGGUCUCCAACCAGUGGGUGGAAGGACAAAGCCAGCAGGCCCAACCUUCUCAGGGGGAACUCAUGCCCACAUCUCCCCGAGGGCAGCCUGUUGGGAAAGAAGCUCUGUCUAAGGAGGAAGGCUCUCUCUCCACCCCAGACCGGCUCUUCAAGAUUGUGUUUGUGGGCAACUCCGCCGUAGGGAAGACAUCCUUCCUGAGGAGAUUCUGUGAUGACCGGUUCUCCCCGGGCAUGACAGCCACUGUGGGCAUCGAUUACCGUGUGAAGAUGGUACAUGUGGGUGACUCUCAGGUGGCCCUGCAGCUGUGGGACACGGCCGGGCAGGAGAGGUAUCGUUGCAUCACCCAGCAGUUCUUCAGAAAGGCCGAUGGUGUCAUCGUCAUGUAUGACCUCACAGCCAAACAGUCCUUCCUGUCGGUCCGGCAGUGGCUGAGCAGCGUGGAGGAAGCUGUGGGGGACCGUAUUCCUGUACUUCUGCUGGGCAAUAAAAUUGACAACGAGAAAGAGCGGGAAGUUCCCCGGGGCCUUGGAGAACAGCUGGCCAAGGAGAACAAUCUGAUCUUCUAUGAAUGCAGUGCCUAUUCUGGUCACAACACCAAAGAGUCCCUGCUCCAUUUGGCCAGGAUCCUCAAGGAGCAAGAAGACACAGUGAGGGAGGACACCAUCCAGGUUGCCCGCCCUGCCAAGAAAAAAUCCUGCUGUGGCUGAAAGGCACCGCCUCCGCCUCUCCCCCGGGCCUGGCUCACAGGGCCCACCUGCAUGCUGCACGGGGCUCCGGCACAGGUGCUUCCGCCAAGGCCGGCCCAGACCUUUGUCCUUGACAGGGACUUGUCUUCCCCAAAGAAAGGGGAGCACCUCCACUCAGGAGAGCUGCUCUUGGAGCACCUUAGAGUCUUUCCUCUUCCUUCUUUCUCUAGAUCCCAGAUGCCCAAUCCUUUCCCUCCCUCCCCACACCUCCAGCUUGGCUUCCUGGGGAAAGAAACAGAUGGGCUUUCCCAGAGAAGCCACCACGUGCCUUCUCCACCCCCCUCCUCCCCGCAACCCCCUUGCCUUUAAGAGCCUCAGUAAUGCAGUUGCCAUGGUAACUGUGCAGGGCCGACUUGCUGCUUCCUGCAGGCCACAGAUACAGCACCUGGGCAAUGAAUGCCAGGGUGGCUGGUCUGGCUUUGGCUCCUGUUCUCUGGAUGCCAAUGGGACACUCUUGGCAUAUGGUUCAUGGACCUCAAGGUGCCUGUGUGGUGUUCAGGGGAGCAAACCUGGGCACCCGCAUCCUAUUCCCCACCCCACAUCCUCCACCCCCAGGGGUCCUGCUCCUCUCCGGGCUUCAGGGCCCAGCCUCUCUCAGCAGCCACUGGCCCGUGGCAUUUGCCCCAUGGGUUCUCAGAAACAGUGCCUUACAAGAACCCCAGCCUUUUCUCCUCAGCCCCCACCCACAGCCAGGACUCCCAGGUGGGCUGGGGUGAUAAAUGUGCACCUGGGGUUAGGGAGUGGGCUUACUUCCCGCUUCACUUUCAGAGAUGAAAAGAAAACCAGGGGAAAAAAACCAUCUGCUGCUAAACAGAGCAACCAUUUCUGGAGGGUAUAAAUAAACUAUAGCUAUGUAAAGCCA